AUGGCAAACAAGCAAUUUGAUGAACACCCUUUCAAAAACCCUAAAGAACACGCCCAGAAAUCUUGCACAAUAGCAAGAUUUGAUGAAAACCGUGUUGGGGGUUUUGUUCGUCUUGAAAAAUUACUCAAGAUGGACCCAAAAAUCAGUGUAUUUGGUGGAGAAUUGAGAGAGUUAUGGAAACUUGAAGGUCUAGGGUUCUUGAGGAAGAAGAUGGAGAAGAUGAAGGAAUUGUCUGAUUAUUCGUUUGAAUACUCUGUUGAUGAUGGCAAACGGUUAACUGGUUUGUUCUGGGCUGAUGGUUUAUGCAAGCUUAACUAUAUGGAAUUUGGCGAUGUGAUAUCGUUCGAUGCAACCUUCAAGACAAACAGGUACAAGAUGGUGUUUGUUCCUUUCACAGGCAUUGACAACCACUGUCGGAAUCCUAAUGUUGUAGUGACGGAUCAAGACCCUGCUAUGAAACAGGCUAUUGAGGAGGUUUUCCCUAUUAGCAGACACAAAUUGUGUAUGUGGCACAUAAUGAAAAAAGUGGCAGAUAAGGUUGGACACGAGUUGUGCAAUAAUGAUGAGUUUAAAAGGAGGAUGUGCGACAUUGUUUGGACUGAUUCGAUUGAGCUCGAAGAAUUCGAAAGACAGUGGAAGUUGGUGAUGAUUGAGUUUGGUCUUACUGAAAACAAAUGGAUUGAUGAUAUGUUUGGGAUGAGAUCCAUGUGGAUUCCGGCUUUUUACCGGCAUGAGCCAAUGUCAGGUCUUAUGAGAACAACUUCAAGAUCAGAGAGUGAGAACCAUUUUUUUUGUCAGGUUGCUAAUUCACAACUCACACUCGUAGAGUUUAUGAAUCAUUUUGAUGGGGCAAUGGAUGUACAAAGGUUCAAUCAUAGAAAAAAUGAUCAUAUUUCAAGAUAUACUGAGCCAGCUGAUUGGAGUCAAACUACAUUGGAAAAAGAUGCUGCUAAGAUCUACACCAGGUCUAUAUUUUUUUAUCAGCAAUUAGAGAUACAUGGAACAAUUUCUGAAUGUUUGCCGAUGGACACCAAAGUUGAAGGUCCACGUAUCAGAAUAUUGUUGAAGGACUUUAAAGCACAUGGAGAUGGUUUAUUGGAGAUAUGCGAAAUUGUUAUGUUCCACAUGCGAUAUUAA